CUUCAAUCUUCACAACAUAUCCAACUUUACCACUUACUAUUUUAUUUAUUCACAACAUCAUGGCUUGCCACAAAUUACUACUGCUGCUUAUUCCUCUCCUUUUCAUUCAUGUUGCUGCUAACUUCAACCAAGAUUUUCAAAUUACAUGGGGAGAUGGCCGUGCCAAAAUACUCAACAACGCCAAUCUUCUUACCCUCUCCCUUGACAAAGCCUCCGGCUCUGGCUUUCAAUCCAAAAAUGAAUAUUUAUUUGGCAAAAUUGAUAUGCAACUUAAACUUGUUCCAGGAAACUCUGCUGGCACUGUCACGGCCUAUUAUCUAUCAUCAAAAGGAGGUGCAUGGGAUGAGAUAGACUUUGAAUUCUUGGGAAAUUUGAGUGGUGAUCCUUACAUCGUUCACACCAAUGUGUUUAGCCAAGGAAAAGGCAAUAGAGAGCAACAAUUUCAUCUAUGGUUUGACCCAACCGCAGAUUUUCACACGUAUUCGAUUCUAUGGAAUCCACAACGUAUCGUGUUUUCUGUGGACGGGACACCAAUAAGGGAGUUCAAGAAUUUGGAAAGAAUAGGAGUUCCAUUUCCUAAGAAUCAAGCAAUGAGGAUAUACUCAAGCCUUUGGAAUGCUGAUGAUUGGGCAACAAGAGGUGGACUUAUAAAGACAGAUUGGUUCAAAGCUCCAUUCACUGCUUCAUACAGAAACUUCAAUGCAAAUAAUGCUUGUAUAUGGAGCAGUGGAAAAUCAUCAUGCAAAUCUUCUUCUCCUACAUCUGCUGCAUCAUGGCUAUCACAAGAGCUUGACUCAACUGGUUUGCAGAGGCUGAGAUGGGUGCAGAAGAACUAUAUGAUUUACAAUUAUUGCACAGAUAAAAAGAGAUUUCCACAAGGCCUUCCACUUGAAUGCAUUCACUCCUAGUCCUAUUAUCUAGGACACUCUCUGCCUCAUUUAUCAUUUUCUUAUGUAGUUAUAUCAUCUUUCUUUCUUUUUUAUGCCUAUAUUUGUUCCUUCUUUCUUUCUAAUUCUAUUUUUUUUAUUUAGUUACCAUGUAAAAUAUCAUAUCAAGUCGUAGCUAGAUAACCUUUUGUAACUUACAUGAAUAUGAUAUUGUCCGAUAGCAACUUUUUCCAUUAA